AUGUCUCUCGGAAAGAAGGUCACUUUGAACACUGGUGCUGAGAUCCCCCAGUUGGGAUUCGGUACUUGGCAGUCGGCUCCUGGUCAGGUCGGUGAGGCCGUCUACCAGGCCCUGAAGGCCGGUUACCGCCACUUGGAUUUGGCCACUAUCUACGAGAACCAGCGUGAGGUUGCCGCCGGCAUCAAGCGUGCCUACCAGGAUGUCCCUGGCCUGAAGCGCGAGGACCUGUUCAUUACUUCCAAGCUGUGGAACAGCCAGCACCGUCCUGAAGUUGUUGAGGCCUCUCUGGAUGGCUGCCUUGCUGAGUUGGAGCUGGACUACCUUGAUCUCUACCUCGUCCACUGGCCCGUUGCAUUCCAGAAGGGUGACAACUACUUCCCCCUCGUCGCCAACAGCACUGUUGAGGGUGGUGAUGUCGUCAUUGACGAUGAUGUUUCUAUUGUUGAUACCUGGAAGGCCAUGACCAAGCUCCCCAAGAGCAAGGCUCGCGCCGUCGGUGUUUCCAACCACACUAUCCCUCACCUUGAGGCUAUUAUUAACGGCACCGGUGUUGUCCCCGCCGCCAACCAGAUUGAGCGCCACCCCGUCCUGCAGAGCAACGACCUUAUUGAAUACUGCCAGAAGAAGGGCAUCCACGUCACUGCCUACUCCGCCUUUGGCAACAACAUGCUCGACAUUCCUCUUCUGAUCACCCGUCCUGAGGUGAAGGAGGUCGCUGAGUCCGUUGCCAAGCGUACCGGUAACACCGUCACUGGUGCUCACGUUAUCCUUGCCUGGUCCCAGGUCGGAGGUCACAGUGUCAUCCCCAAGUCGGUUACUGCCUCGCGUAUCCAGGAUAACUUCAGAGAGAUCGAGCUCACCGACGAGGAGGUGGCCAAGGUUAGCGCUCUGGGCAAAGACCGGAAACGUUACAACACUCCUUACACUGCUAACAAGCCUCGUUGGGACAUUAACAUCUUCGGUGAGCCCGAGGAGCAGCCUGCUGGUCACAAGGUGAUCGUUUAA